CAGAGCCACUUUGUUCAUGUUUUUGUGAACAUCGAACUGUUUACUUUAACGGAGGACUUGUUGAUGCACCCAAAAGUGGUUUCAUUCUUUACAUAUUUUGCCAUAAACCGAGAGCAGAAAACACAAGCGAUUUGCUAGUACAGUCAAAGAGUCGGAGAGCUGGCUUAGUUGAAUCUCUACGGCUCUCAUGUCGAUCUUAAGUCCUGCCCACUGGCUCAUCCAGUCACUCACUGAGAAGAGAAACUCUGUUAGAGAAACGCAACGAGAAUGGCAGACGCUGCUCCAGCCCCCGCUGCCGCACCGGCAAAGGCACCCAAGAAGAAGGCACCCAGGCCCAAGAAGACUGGUCCAAGUGUCGGCGAGUUGAUUGUAAAAGCAAUCGCUGCCUCCAAGGAGAAGAAGGGAGUGUCCCUUGCCGCUCUGAAGAAGGCGCUCGCUGCUGGCGGAUACGAUGUGGAGAAGAACAAGGCACGUGUCAAAGUGGCAGUCAGAGGACUGGUCACUAAAGGCACCCUUGUCCAGACUAAAGGAGUCGGUGCGUCCGGAUCCUUCAAGUUAGCCAAGAAGGCGGCCGAGCCCAAGAAGAAGGCAGUCAAGAAGCCAGCGGCCAAAAAGCCAGCUGCCAAGAAGCCCGCCGCAGCAAAGAAGCCCAAGAAGGCAGCAGCCAAAAAGCCAGCCGCCGCCAAGAAGUCCCCGAAGAAGGCUAAGAAGCCCGCAGCCCCCAAGAAGGCUACAAAGAGCCCCAAGAAGGCAAAGAAGCCCGCGGCUCCCAAGAAGGCAGCAAAGAGCCCGAAGAAGGCUAAGGCAGCCAAGCCUAAGGCAGCCAAGCCCAAGGCAGCUAAACCUAAAGCAGCCAAGCCCAAGAAGGCAGCCCCUAAGAAGAAGUAAAUUCAUUUUAGGCUG